CUCUGUCUCAGUGGAAAAAUACAGCAGGGAAGUAGUAUACCUUGGACCUUUGUCAGGGCCAACCACUUUUUUUUGUCAACCACUUGAGACGGCAUGGUGGGCAGACCAAUCCGACGGAUAAUUAGAGAUCCUGUGGUGCACCCAGCUGAGAGGAAUACUGAUCAGUUUGCUGUUGCUGAAAGCAACUCUUGGGAGAGGGGGCUUUGAGAUGGAGGGAGAGUUGCACAAAGGAAACAGCAUUGACAUGCAGGAUAACAGUCAGUUGAAGAAGGCUCAGCUGUUGGAUCGAGGUCAAUGGGCAAACAAGGUAGAGUUUCUUCUGGCCGUAGCAGGGACCCUUGUUGGGCUGGGAAACCUCUGGAGGUUCCCGUAUCUAUGCUACAAAAAUGGGGGAGGUGCAUUUCUGGUUCCAUACGUAUUGUUUCUGCUCUCAUGUGGUAUACCCAUGUUCCUCCUGGAGACGGCCAUGGGACAGUACACAUCUCAAGGAUGUAUCACCUGCUGGCGCCACUUCUGCCCCUUGUUUGAAGGGAUUGGCUAUGCUACCCAGGUUGUGAUUGCAUAUGCGGCCGUGUCAUACAUUGUCAUCCAGGCGUGGGCUUUCUUCUACCUCUUCUCCUCCUUCAGCGUUGAGGUCCCGUGGGCAAGCUGCAGGAACUUCUGGAACACAGAGACCUGUGCUGAAUUUGGUAAAACAAACACAUCAUCCAAUUGGACAGCAAACGCAACAACGCCUGCAACAGAAUUCUGGGAGAGACGAGUGCUGGGAAUAUCUAACGGGAUUGAGGAGAUUGGCAGCCUGAGAUGGGAUCUGGCCUUAUGUCUCUUACUGGCGUGGACCCUGUGCUACUUCUGUGUUUGGAAAGGAGUGAAAUCUACUGGGAAGGUAGUCUACUUCACAGCCACUUUUCCGUACCUGAUGCUGGUGGUUUUGUUGGCUCGUGGACUCACUUUACCAGGAGCUAUUGAUGGCAUUUCUUUCUACCUGUAUCCAGACCCCAAAAGGUUGGUGGACCCUCAAGUUUGGAUGGAUGCAGGUGCACAAGUUCUUUUCUCUUUUGGGAUUUGUCAGGGGAGUUUGACAGCUCUAGGCAGUUACAAUCAGUAUAACAAUGAUUGUUACAAGGACACGUUUGUUCUGUGUUUGGUGAACGGCGCGUCAAGCUUUGUGGCAGGGUUUGCAAUCUUUUCAGUUUUGGGCUUCAUGUCCUACGAACAAGGAGUGCCAAUAUCUGAAGUGGCAGCUUCUGGACCCGGCUUGGCAUUUAUUGCUUAUCCACGUGCAAUGGCCAUGAUGCCGUUCCCUCAGCUGUGGUCUAUAUGUUUCUUCGUCAUGGUUAUCUUGUUGGGCGCAGACACACAGUUUGUGAGUCUGGAGUGCCUGAUGACCUCCGUGACAGACAUGUUCCCCACCGUGUUUCGAAGAGCUUACCGUCGAGAGUUGUUGCUGCUUUGUCUCUGCACCAUUUGCUUCUUUCUCGGCCUCCUCCUCGUGACAGAGGGAGGCUUAUAUUUCCUUCAACUUUUUGACCAUUACGUUUGUAGUGGCAGCAAUCUUCUUCUUCUUUCAGUGUUUCAGUCAAUAGCAAUCGGAUGGAUAUAUGGUGCAGAUCGUUUUUAUGACAACAUCGAGGACAUGGUAGGCUAUCGUCCGUGGCCAAUAAUGAAGUAUUGCUGGCUUUACAUUACCCCGACUAUUUGCAUGAGUACCUUCAUCUUUUCACUGGUGAAAUACAAGCCUCUCAAGUUCAACAAAACCUACACCUACCCAAGCUGGGCUUAUGCUCUGGGCUGGUCCCUCGGACUGCUCUGCGUUCUCCUGGUUCCUCUGUGGAUGUUCUUCAAAGUUAUCCAGAUGAAAGGGACAAUAGGGCAGAACCUAAGGCAGCUUUGCCACCCUGAAAUCAAGACGCACAGCACAGCAAAGCAACCCGAGCAAUGCCCCUUGAACCCAGACAACAAUCUCACAUCCGCUGCCAAUGAAUACAAAGCAGGUGGUGGAGCUGAGAUGGAGAUGCAAAUCUCCACAGGUAGUGGCAGCUGAUAAUAUCAGACAAUGCAGAAAGCCUUUAUACAGAAUUAGUGUAAGUAUAAAUGUUGCCUUUUUAUUAUUUGAUAGUUUUUAAAUAUUUACACACAUCAAUCAUCAAUCAAUCAAUGUUUAUUUAUAUAGCCCAAUAUCACAAAUGUUACAUUUGUCUCAGUGGACUUUACAGUUUGUACAAAAUAUCAGUAUGACAAUACAUACAUAUGUUUGAAAUGGUUUGCCUUUUUAUUUUCUGGCUCUUUUGGCUAUAUGUUCUAUAUUUUUAUGCUGUUACAUUUAUUCAUCUGCAUAUCAUUAUCACAUGAGAAUUCACUGGGGACCAUAAGCAUAGUCUGUUAUAAACCAAGAAACAAACUUCUUCA